AUGACCAUCAUCCUCUACUUCCUCACGGCCUUGGUCCGCUGGAUCCGGUUGAAGAUAUACCAGUACGAGGUGACCUUCGCAAUCUACAUGCUCACCCCGACGGAAAAAAUCAUCUUCAGUGCGUGGUCCUUUUCUCCUCCCUCCCAUCCUUCCGGUAAUGCUAACGGGUCCAAAAAAGACUCGCUCAUUCUCACCCUCAUCACCAUGAUCGCUACCGGCAUCUAUAUUUACCUGCCCGAUCACCUCCGCUCCAUCUACGGCCACCUGUACUACUACUGGGCCGGCGAGCGCCCGCUCAUGACCACCCGCUUCGCAUCCAUCAAUUCCGUGUUCGGUGAGACGGCGACGCAGAGUCUGAAGGUUGUGUACGAGACGGCGAAGAACGUUGCCGCCGCCGCUGCGGCUAAUACGGCCCCCGCUGAGCAUUUGGUCGCCGACGAGCUGUGA